AUGAGCGACACACCGCCCAACAGCUAUCGCGGAGACGAUGUCGAGCAAGUGGUAAUCAUACCACCGCCGGUUGAUAGCCAGCGCCCGCCAAUCCUCAGUGCAGAGUGUCCCGGCCAUGGGAGUCAAGCUUCCGACUGCCGCACUCCGGACGAUGACAGCAUUCAACUUGCUGCCACCAACGGCCACGACGAUACUGUCCCGGUGGUGAUGCCAGACUUUGCCGACGACAAUUCAGAGAUGGGCGAUGAGUCCGUCGAGGGCGACCAGGGCGACGAGUCUGUCCUUGGAAGCGACAACGUCUGCAGCGAAAUCAGACGUGCUACUACCGUCUACGGCGCCUGCGCCUGCGCUUGCGUCCACUGCAACUGCCGCCCCAUGCUUCCUCCGUUCCCACCUCAUGAUACUUGGAGCAUAGCAGCAUCCCCAGCCAGCUCGAGGUCUGGAUCACCGUUCGGAUACAGCUCGAUGGUCGUCGAAGUUGGCAGCAUGGCCUCUUCGACCAUGUCCAUCCUUCGCAGCCCAACUCCGCCUUACAUCUCCGACCUUUUCACGCUCAUGACGGGCGGCUUCGAGGACCAUGUGACGGUUGUCUUGCCGGAUGGCUUCAACCGGGCGCCGCUUUGGCUCACGCCGACUGUACGCUAUGCACCAGUACUGGAUGAGGACGACUUUGAUGACUUUGGCGCUUAA